CGUAGGGCCCCUUGGUUCUCUGCUCCGCUGGCCAAUACAGGUGGGCAACGGGGUCUCGGAAGCUGGAGCUGCGGAAGGAAUCCACACCAGCAAGAAGUAAACAGAGACAUGUGAAAUACAGAGUUGGGUUAUUUUGUUUGCCACCUCAUUGAGGAAGCUUGAGCAGGUAGGAAAGAAGGAUGGUGAAAAUGGAGACUUCCAGUACAUCCAGAGAUUUACAGGAGCUACAGAAGAAGCUAGCUUCAUUGAUCAAUUCCAUCCAGAGUAACUCCAAGGUGAUUGCUUUUAUGAACUCUCCAGUUGGUCAAUACCUGGAUAAACAUCCCUUUGUUGCCUUAACUUUGCUGAUGUUCGUUGUGGUAUCUGCCAUUCCCGUUGGAUUUUUCCUGCUGUUUGUGGUCCUGAUGUCUCUGGCUGCCUGUGUUGGGGUUAUAUUAGUGGAAGGUGUCGUUAUUUCUGUAGGUGGCCUCAUGCUGCUCUGUGUGCUGUGUGGCUUGGGUUUCGUGUCACUGGCCAUGUCUGGGACGGUCAGUGUGUGUUACGUGGUCUUCUCGAGCCUCAUCCACUAUUGGUUCUCUUUCGGCUCACUGAAGCAUCAUCAGAUCCUUGGAAACAAGUGCCCAAAGACUGUCCAAUAUCCCAACUCUACCAGGCACGACUGAGUGAAACCAGUACUUUGUUUUAAAGGCUUUGGGAGAUAUGCUGUGUUCACGAUAUUGGAUUAUGGCUUUUGUCAGGGUGCAGGACUAAUAGGAUUGGUAGGUGAUCACCACUUUAGAAAUAUUAUUUAGUAUUUUCAGGAUUGAUUGAUUCACAGGUUCCUUCAGGUAGUGAUACAGCAACAGUUGGGAAGGCUUUGUCAUGGGGCCAUACCCACAAGAGCACUACCAGCAAGUCUUAGAAAUGACACAACACCCUCCCUUUCCGCAUCCCUCUUCAAACAAUAAGUAAAAAAAUAAAACAGUAAGCAAAAGAGUAAAAAUUCCUCUCCUAGACAGGGAGGCUGCUAGUACUCUGAAAAAACCCAAACCUAAGCCUUAGGACUUACCUCUAGGAGCCCAACUUGUAUAGAUGUGGAACUUUAUUCAAAGCAGAUUGGCAAUUGAUUGUGUCCUCUUCCAUUUGGAGUCUGGGGACAGACAGAGAAAGAGAUGCUUAAACCUUAAUUGCUUUUAUCAGAAUAAUAACAUUUAGAUACAUCAGCAGCCACUUAUUUAAGACUAAAAUUCUGUCACUGGAAUUUAUUGUGAAAGAUAUUUGACUAAAACGAAUACACUCCAAACAUGUACUGUUUAUCUUUUUUAAUGGUUAAAAAAAACCAAAAAAACACUUGUGCAUUGUUUUUUGGUAUUGUUUCAAAGUUUACUCUAUUAGUCCAUUUCCUGGAAAAUGUAUGUAAAAGGACAUACUUUAGCACCUCUGUUCCUGUGGUAAUGCAUUAUUUGCCAUGUUACUUUAUUAAACUAAAUUCUAUUUA